AUUCGCCAUUUCCCAUGUUGGGAGAAUCAAAAUGCAAAAUGCUGAAGAAAUCAUCUCGUACUAAUUUCUAUCAAUUUGUUAGCUCCCUCUUGAAUUUGGGCUCUCUCCAUUUUUUUCCUCUCAGGUUUGUUUCUGCCGCAUGAAUCGCUGAAGAAAUCUUCUGAUACUGAUCUCUACAGCUUCGGGACGACGAAAUCAAAGCGAUUUGAAAUCCGGCGAUGUACUAUCCGCAACCGCCGCCGAUGCUGGUGAACUGCUCCAGUUGCCGGACUCCUCUCCAGCUCCCGCCGGGAGCUUCGUCGAUUCGCUGCGCUAUAUGCAGGGCGGUGACGCAGGUCAUGGACCCACGCUCCGUCCCUCCACCGUCGUCUUAUCAAGCGCCUCCGCCGGCACCGUCGCCUUAUAACCACGCGCCGCCGGGACCUCCUGCCCAUCCGCAUGGCCGUAAAAGGGCUGUGAUCUGUGGGAUCUCUUAUAGGUACUCGAGACAUGAGCUCAAGGGUUGCCUCAACGACGCUAAGUGUAUGCGUUAUCUUUUGAUCAAUAAAUUCCGUUUUCCAGAAGAUUCUAUCCUCAUGCUUACAGAAGAAGAAACUGACCCCUACAGAAUUCCCUACAAAAACAACAUUAGAAUGGCAUUGUAUUGGCUAGUUCAAGGUUGUCAACCAGGUGACUCCUUGGUUUUCCAUUAUUCUGGUCACGGAUCUCGCCAAAGGAACUAUAAUGGCGAUGAAGUUGAUGGAUAUGAUGAAACACUUUGCCCUUUGGACUUUGAAACUCAGGGAAUGAUCAUUGAUGAUGAAAUUAAUACGGCAAUUGUUAGACCUCUUCCUCAAGGUGUAAAGCUUCAUGCAUUCAUAGAUGCUUGCCAUAGUGGAACCGUACUAGAUUUGUCAUUUCUAUGCAGAAUGAGCAGGAGUGGACAAUACAAAUGGGAGGACCAUCGCCCGCGAUCUGGAGUAUGGAAAGGAACGAGUGGUGGAGAAGUUGUAUCUUUCAGUGGCUGUGAUGAUAACCAGACCUCUGCUGAUACAUCUGCUCUGUCAAAGAUAACAUCAACAGGUGCCAUGACUUUCUGCUUCAUCCAAGCGAUCGAGCUCGGACAUGGAGCUACAUAUGGGAGCAUACUGAACUCGAUGCGAAAUGCUAUAAAAAAUGCAGGAGUCGGUGGCGACAUUGGUGGCGGUAUUGUGACGUCGCUGGUCACCAUGCUUUUGACUGGUGGGAGUGCCAUAGGUGGGCUCGGACAGGAGCCACAAUUAACUGCGUGUCAACCGUUCGAUGUUUAUACGAAACCUUUCUCUCUGUGAUUUCCUUUCAACCGUUCGAUGUCUAUACGAAACCUUUCUCUCUGUAAUUUCCUUUUCCUUGAUUGACUUACAAGAGGAUGGUUGAAGGUUACAUUUGGAGGGCUAUGUCGGCCUAUUUUCUCUAUUUAAUAUAUGGUCGU